GGUCUGGUCUGACGAGCACAUAUGCAGGCAGCUGGAAAGCUCAACUAGAAAAAGGGACAUCUUUGUCCAGAUUGCCACCAGGUUGAUGCAACAAGGCAUAGAGCGUGACUGGAAGCAGUGUCACACCAAAUACAAAAACCUCAAGUACCUUUACCGGUCCCUGCAGAGGGGUAAGGCAGACGAAGCCGAGCGAAAACGCAUCAUGAAGUUCUACGAUGAAGUGGACGCGAUCAUGACUCACACUGUUAACGGAUCGCCGUGUGACACAACAGCUGCUGACUCUGCACAUUCAAGCACAGUUAGAGUUUUACAGGGAAGUGAGGACACCCAGCAGGAUGUGUACCUGAUCAACACGGAUGAAAGGACCUGCAGUUCUGCUUCCGUCUCAUCUGUAGCCACCGACGGAGCAUCAGACCCUGAUGAUCCGAGGAUGCAAACGGUCCAGGAGCAUCACGUGGAUCAACACCACAGACUAAUGAGCCCUUCUGAAAGGUUGGCAGAAAAAUAUGUCACUUUAUCAGCUAACAGAGGACAGAAGAGGAAAGCUGUAGAUCAAGACACUACACUCCAGACGCCAGCAAAGCAACCGAGGCCAGGCCGUGAUCCUGCUGACAAAGUGCAGGCCCAGUGCAAAGAGGAGCUGGAGCACAUCCCAAUAAUUAAGAUCAAAUCUGUUUAUUCAAUGGCCCCUCCUCAUCUACACCAACAUACACAGGGCAGUGCAGCACCGAACGGCACAAUGGCCUCCACCCAAGAGUUGCACCUCGGCCUGAAGCUGAACGAGGGGAAGACCAAGCAGAUUUUUGAGCUGGUGGACCAGCCAGGACUGGUUCUGGUCCAGUCCAAAGACCAGAUCACUGCAGGGAACGCUGCCAGGAAGGAUGAGAUGGAGGGCAAGGCUGCCAUCGCCAACAAAACCACGUGCUGCGUGUUUCAGCUCCUGCAGGAAUCUGGCGUCAGGACGGCGUUUGAGAAGCAGCACUCAGACACUGCGUUCGUUGCAGCCCACUGCGAGAUGAUUCCCAUUGAGUGGGUGUGUCGGAGAGUGGCCACCGGGUCCUUCCUGAAGAGGAAUCCCGGAGUCAAAGAGGGUUACCGUUUCUCCCCCCUGAAGAUGGAGAUGUUUUUUAAAGAUGAUGCCAAUAAUGACCCUCAGUGGUCAGAAGAGCAACUUUUGGCUGCCAACUUCUCUCUGGCUGGGGUCACUAUUGGUCGGUGUGAGGUGGACAUCAUGAACCGCAGCACGGUGGCCAUCUUUGAGAUUCUGGAGAAGGCUUGGGCUACUCAGAACUGCACCCUGGUGGACAUGAAGAUUGAGUUUGGUGUGAACGUGAAAACGCAAGAGAUCGUCCUCGCUGACGUGAUCGACAACGAUUCAUGGAGGCUGUGGCCCGCUGGAGAUCGGAGCCAGCAAAAAGACAAGCAGGUGUACAGAGACCUCAAAGAAGUCACCCCGGCAGCUCUGCAGGUGGUGAAGCGAAACUUUGAGUGGGUUUCUGAAAGGGUGGAGCUGCUGCUGGAGCCCCAGGCCCGGGGCAGGGUGGUGGUCCUGAUGGGCUCCACCUCAGACAUGGCACACUGUGAGAAAAUUAAGAAGGCCUGUACCUCCUACGGGAUCCCCUGCACCCUUAGGAUCACCUCGGCACACAAGGGUCCAGAUGAGACUCUCCGGAUCAAAGCAGAAUAUGAAGGUGAUGGUGUCCCGACCAUAUUUGUGGCUGUCGCUGGCAGAAGUAACGGCCUCGGGCCGGUGAUGUCUGGAAACACUGCGUAUCCUGUCAUCAACUGUCCUCCUCUCACUCCGGACUGGGGGGUGCAGGAUGUGUGGUCGUCGCUCCGUAUGCCAGGCGGUCUCGGCUGCUCCACGGUCAUUUCCCCCGAGGCCGCUGCUCAGUUUGCUGCGCAGAUCAUCGGUUUGAGCAACCACCUGGUGUGGUGCAAACUGAGGGCUUCCAUGCUCAACACCUGGGUGUCCCUCAAGGUGGCCGAUCAGAAGUUACAAGCCUGCAGCCUCACCGCUGCUUAGCCUCUUCCCAAAGUGUCUUCUUAGUUCCCCCACUAACCUCCGUGACCUUCUUCAUUGUUCUUUACACACAAAUGAACAGAUUGAGACUAAUGAAUAAAACCUCUUGAAUUAUU